AUGACACCAAGAUCGCUCGGUUUCGUGGCCGUUUUGGCAUCGGCUAGCCGUGUCGCCGCUCUCAUGAAUGGGCUGGCUGAUACACCUCCAAUGGGAUGGAACAACUGGAACGCAUUCGCCUGCGACGUCUCCGAGCACCUCUUGCUAAGCACGUCGGAACGCAUCGUGAGCCUUGGCCUGCGCGACUUGGGAUACAACCACGUCGUUCUGGAUGACUGCUGGCAAGAUGAGAACGGCCGCGAUGCCAAUGGCAAGCUUCAGCCGAACCUUGAAAAGUUCCCCAAUGGCCUUAACCACGUAUCCGAUCAUAUCCACAAGCAUGGCAUGAAAUAUGGCAUGUAUUCCACAGCUGGCGAGAUGACCUGCGCCAGAUUUGCCGGCUCUCUGGACCACGAGAAGGACGAUGCUGAGAGCUUCGCCUCCUGGGGCGUCGACUUCCUCAAGUACGACAACUGUUUCCAUAUGGGCCGGAUGGGCACGCCCGAAAUCUCCUUCAACAGAUUCAAGAAGAUGUCCGAUGCCUUGCAAGAGACUGGCCGACCCAUUUCUCUCAACCUGUGCAACUGGGGCGAAGACUAUGUCCACACAUGGGGAAUGUCCAUCGCCAACUCCUGGCGCAUGUCCGGCGACAUCUACGACUCCUUCACUCGCCCCGACGACCUCUGCAGCUGCAACACCGCCGCGGACCCCUUCUGCAUUGCCCCUGGAACCCACUGCUCCGUCCUGUUCAUCAUCAACCGCGUCGCGGCCUUCGCAGACAAGUCCAUCCCCGGCGGCUGGAACGAUCUCGACAUGCUCGAGGUCGGGCAGGGCGGCAUGACGGACGAGGAGUACAAGGCCCACUUCGCGCUCUGGGCCGCGCUCAAGUCGCCCCUGAUGCUCGGCAACGACCUCCGCGACAUGCCCGCCGAGGCGCUCAGCAUCGUCAACAACCCCGCCAUUAUCGCCAUCAGCCAGGACCCCCACGGCCGUAGCGCUCUUCGAGUCAGGAGGGAUGUCGGCGGUGGCUUGGUGCCGGACGAGUUCGGCGUCGCGGAGGCGCAGGUCUGGAGCGGACGGUUGGAGAACGGCGACCAGGUCGUCAUCUUCCUCAACGCCGCGGGCGCGGAGGUUGACAUGGAGUCGACGCUUGCGGAGAUCUUCGUCGCUGAUGGCCCUGGAGGCUCGGCGCCGCAGGUUAAGUACAAGUGGGCUGUUCACGAUCUGUGGGCGGACCGCAUGCCGACGGAGACGGCGCAGGCGCUCUUUGACGCGGAGAGCGACGACGCUCGGGUCAAGAUCUUCAGGGAUGCGAACUGGUAUAACGCCACGGAGAUUCCGUACGCUGUCGGACUGGAGAAGGAGGACCCGAGGUUGUUUGGCAAGAAGAUUGGCGAUGUUGAGCCGAAGGGGGUGUUGAAGGCCACUGUGCCUAGCCACGCGGCGAAGGUCUUCCGGCUCAGGAGGAUCGCGCAGCCUGGGGAUGGGUUCAAGGCGAAGAGCCAUGACCGCACAAACAGAGCAAUCAAAGACGAGCUCUGA